GUUAUUUCUAAUAUAAAUGUUAUUUCCGUAAAAUGUAAGAGAUAUAAAAUAAGUUUGGCGAAUACCUUCUCAUUGCACGCGAUAUUCAAUGGCGUUUUGACGAUGAUAGUCUCGUAUCAAUUUAAUCGCCUAAAAGUCUUUUUUUAUGUGAAUAAUCUCAAAUCUAGCAGUCAACAGAUCGUCUACUUAUAAUGUCUGUUGCUGAAUUUUUAAAAGGCCUUCCAUCACAUGAUGAAAACAAUUUUGCAAAUUUUCAUACUGAUAAUGGAAAUCGUACAUGUGUCAAGAGGCCAUCAGUUUAUCUUCCUACUAAGGAUUACCCUUCCGAACAAAUCAUAGUUACUGAGAAGACCACCAUUUUAUUGAGGUAUCUUCAUCAACAAUGGGAUAAGAAGAAUGCAGAUAGAAAGAGAGAAUUCUUGUCUACCAAUGGUGACUCCCAGGAUGAUGCAUCUACAGUACGCAGUAAAAGGCCACGUCUCGAUCUGAAUAACAGUCUUUAAAAUAUGUUACUUUUUCAUAUGGAAAUAUUGGAUAAUUAAUGAUUUAUACACGAUAUAUAUUAAUUAAUUAUUCAUAACGGAUAUGUUGAUAGUA